GCCCAGAAGAUCUCGCGCAUACUCGAGCUGUUCGCGGAGAAGUACUGCCAGGACAAUCCGGGCAAGUUUUCCCACCCGGACUGCGCGUUCGUGCUCUCGUUUUCCCUCAUUAUGCUGCAGACGGACCUCCACAACCCUGGGGUGAAGAAGAAGAUGAGCAAGGACGACUUCAUCAACAACAAUAGAAAAAUCGACGACGGGAAGGACCUCGACCGGAGCUACUUGGAGUCUUUGUACGACUCCAUCGCCACAAACCCCAUGUCUCUGAAGGAGGAUGAGGACGCGAAGUCAAAACUGGACUCGAAGGCCGCGCCGGCCGCCCUCGGGGGCUUUGCCCCGUGUCCGCGCCUGGAGCUCGGCGUGCGGCAGGGAGGGAGCCUGCGGCGCGAGAUCAGCACGGAGCAUGGCGGCCUGAGAAGCGCCCACGACGGCCUCAGCUACAGGCGCGGCAAGCGGAGUGAGGCGGCGAUCGAGACCAGGCGCAAGGCCCUCCAGUUCAAGCACGACUUGAGGGAGACUGGCAACCAGCUCCGAGACCUCGCACAUAUCGAGGACCAUCCCUCGGAGAACUCAUCGGACGCCAUUGAGGAGGCGCAGAAGGAGGUCCUAGGCAGGAUCACGGACCUUGAGCGCACGAGGCAAGAGAUAGCAGAGAGCCGGGAGGAGCUCGCCGAGAGACACGUUCGGCAGCAGUUCGAACUGCUGAGGCAGGAGUUCGCGGCUCAAAUAGGCCAGGCCGCCGACGAGAUGAGGAGGCUGGAGAACGAGAAUCAGCGUCUUCAGCAGCAGGUGGCAGGAGGCCUCGCGGCAAUCCCGCAGGCGAUCGAGCGGAUGGGCGAGCAGAUCCGGGGCGCAUCGAGUAUGGGCCCAGCCGCUCACGGUCUCGUCGACACGAAGGGGAUCGGCAAGCCCACGACGAUGGGCGACGAUCAAGAGAAGUUCGGCGCUUGGAAUCGCAAGAUGGAGAACUACGUGAUCGGCGUGUACGGAGAGAGUUUUCGUCCCGUUCUUCGGUGGGCUGCAGAAGCCGAACGCCCCGUGACGAUCGCGGGGGCUCAGGCGGCGCACGACGGAGUGCCAGAGCUGGAGACAAAGGUCAACCAGCUGUACGCGGCGCUGAUCAGCACGACGGCGGACGGGAGCGAGAGCAACGACCUCGUGACGGGCGCUCCCGAUGGGAACGGUCUCGAAGCCUGGCGGAAGCUCCACCGCAGGUGGGAUCCGACGACAGGUCCGAGGAAGAGGCUGAUCCUGAGGUCGAUCAUCUCGCCUCCGAAGUGCAGCGCGGACGAGCUGGGGUCCGCCUUAGAGAAGUGGAUCCAGCAGAUAGGCAGGUACGAACGCCGCCAAGGAGAAGAUGGUCUAGCCGAGCUGCCGGAGGAUAUCAAGAUGGCGGCUCUCGAGAUGCUCGUCCCUCAGGACAUCGAGAACCACCUCGUCCUCAACAAGCAUCGGCUCGAAACGUUCCAGGACAGUCUGAACGAGGUGAUGACGAUCGUGGAGGCUCGGACCGGCGUGAAGAUCAAGGAGCCAUCGAUCCGUGCGCGGGCGCAUCAUCCGGACGACAUGGACGUCGGGUCGUUCGGAGCCCCGAAGGGCAAAGGCAAAGGCAAGGGCAAGGACGGCAAGAGCAAAGGGAAAGGCAAGACUCAGGAGCCGAAGGGGAAGAGCAAAUCGACGAACGGAUCAUACUCAGGGCACACGGCACCUCGAUACACCAGCGGGCGCUUCGACGGCUACUGUCGGAACUGCGAGAGAUGGGGCCACAAGGCAUCCGACUGCUGGAAGAAAGAGCAGGGAUCGAGUUCGAGGGCUGGAACUGGAUCCGCAACGGGGGCAAGCGCUGGUGGUAAAGCCGGUAGCCGCGGCGGCAAGGCCGGCGGCAAGGCGGCAGGCAGCCUGGAGGAGGAGCCUGAAGCGGAGGUCGCCGCUCUGGACAUGGGCAGCCUGGACUGCCUGGAGCUCGCCAGCGGCAGCGGCCGCGGCGUAGCGGACGACUGGAUGAAGUUCAACUGGGACAGCGGUGCAGCUAUCUCAGCAUUCCCUCGGAGCUUCGCGCCGCCGACGGGAAUGAAGGGCAACGGCAGCACGUAUCGCACGGCCAGUGGUGAGCUCGUCCCGGACGAGGGCAGCUUGCAGCUCAAGGCGGAGGACGAGUACGGAGUGCUACGAGCGCUCAAGGGACGCGUGACGAACGUGCACAAGCCGUUGAUCUCGGUGGGGCAGGCAGCAGGAGCUGGACAGUGUUCAUUCCUGGGCCGCAAUGGCGGCUGGAUAUUCCACGAGAAGAGCCCAAUCGGCAAGCGCGUGGUAGGCAUGCUCGAGAAGGAGGCGAAGGCGGCGAAGCACCAGAUGCUGCCGGUCUAUCGCGAGCAGGGCGUCUACAACUUCUACCUCAAACCGCCGGGUUUUCAGCCAGCGGCAGCUGCUGCGGCCGACGCUUUGCCAGCUGCUCCUGACGGACAGCAGGCCGACGAGGGCGAGGAGGAGGCUCGCCCGAGAGUGCUGAAGGCACCUCAUGAGCCCUCUCAGAGGGAGAUCGCCGAACACGAGGCGAUGGGACACGCGACUUACCGCAGCUGGUGUCGCGUGUGUAUUGCGGCAAAGGGCCAAGGCCAGCCGCAUCUCCGCGCACCAGAGGACGACGAGACAGCGGUGCCGGUGGUCUCGUCCGACUACGCCUUCAUGGGCCAGGACGACGCGGACACCAUGCCGAUGCUGGUCCUUAGGGAUCGGCGCUCGAAGAUGAUGGCGGCGACAUUCGUGGAGAAGAAGGGCGACGACGCCUACGCCAUCAAGUUCUUCGCACGCUUCUUGCGGAUCCUGGGCUACAGGAAGAUCGUCAACAAGUCCGACGGCGAGCCAGCGAUCCUGCUGGUCAAGAGGCGUGCGGUGGAGGAGGUUCCUGGCCUCGAGGCCAUUCCCCAGGAGUCGGCACCGGCCGAUCAUCAGGCCAAUGGGGAGAUUGAGGUCACGGUGCGCGAGAUCAAGAAGCAGGUGCGGGCGCUCAAGAUGGACCUGGAGUCCAAGCUGGGCGUCAAGGUGGAGGACAAGCACCCGGUGCUAGCGCACCUGCCGGAGCACGCCGCAUCGGUAAUCAACCGAUACCGGCGCGGCCAGGACGGCAAGACCGCUCUUCAGCGGCUCACGGGACGGCAGUGGAGGAAGCCGGUCCCGCUCUUCGGCGAACGCUUGAUGGCGCGGUUCGCCGGGGAACGCGUGAGGAAGAACGCGCUGGAGGAGCAGAUGGUGGAGGCUCGCUACAUCGGCCACCACCCGCGCGACGGCUCGAUGAUGGUCAUCACGAGCGACGGCGUGAAGAAGGCGGUCGGCUUCCGCAGCCUGCCGCAGAGCGAGAAGUGGAUCACGGCGGGCUGGGAUGGCCUGAAGGGCCUGCCGUGGGACGUGGCUCCGCGUGCGGCAAGCGCGCCGCGGGCCAUCGUCGGACCUGGAGAGGUCGGUCCGUCACCAAUUGUGGUGGUGUCGCCGCAGCCGCAGGCGCCGAGGAGGAUGUACGUCCUCAAGGCGGACGUCGAGCGGCUGGGCGCAACGCCGGGAUGCCCAGGGUGCGUCUCGAUCGCUAAGCACGGCCGGGUGCUGGCUGGCCACGCGCACAACGCGGUGUGCAGCAAGAGGAUCUUCGAAGCGCUGGACGCGGAGGAGGCAGGCCGGGAGAGGACCGGCCAGUAUCGAGAGCGGAGGCAGGGCCAAGAGGCCAGAGUCCGACCGGCGGCAUCGGCCGCGGCAGGGACCCCUCCGCCGAAGACGGCUCGGAGGAUCACCGAGCCGGUGGCAGCGGCGGCAGCGGCAUCGGCCGCGCCGGCCGCGACCCGCUCGGCAGCAGCGCCAGCCGUGGCAGCCACGGCGGCGCGCCGGCGAGAGAGCCAGCCGGUAGCACCGGGCUUCGGCGUGGCGGCUCCUUCAGGAGGAGCGAGCUCCAGUUCGGGAGCAGCGCGAGCGGCAGAGGCCGCCGCGGAUGUCGACAUGACCGCGGCUAGGUCGCGGCUGAAGCGCUCGGCAGAGGUGGCCCCGGAUGAUGUGCCGGAGGCCCUCGAGCGCGGUGAUCCACAGCCGGCAGACGUGCCGGUACCGGUGGACAUGGAGGAUCUCGCGGCGCAGCCGGCACCGGCGCUCGGAGUGCUGACGAGAGCGAAGGCGGAGUUGCUCCCGCUCGUUCGCGAACAGGUCAGUGGCCAUUGGGCCAGCGUCGGCGUGGACAUCGCCGACGAGGAGGUGGACAGCAUCGCCCUAUCGGCGUUGCAGCUGGGCGCCGUGGACGUGGCCGAGGUGUACUCGCCACAUCGGUUCUCGGCUCGGGCAGCGGAAUUUCAGCUGCGCCCGGGCUUCGCGGCGGACCUGGAGGAACUCAAGGAGGACGGGGCGCCGUGGGACUUGCGGCGCCCCGAAGAUGUCAAGGAGCUCGAGAAGCAGCAGGAGCGGAUGGAUCCCAUCCUGCUCACGGGGUCCCCUCCAUGCGAGAAGUUCAGCUUGCUGAGGGGCCUGAGCGCCAAGUUCAGGACCGAUGAGCAGGAGGCGGCUGAGAUGGAGGAGGCCAGACACCACCUGAAGGUGGCAGUCGACACCUACUGGCGUCAGCUCAGGAAGCCAGGCAGGUACUUCUUGCAUGAGCAUCCCUGGAGCGCGCGAUCGUGGAAUGAGGACAUCGUCAAGGAGCUGGUCGCGCAUCCAGGAGUCUUCACGGUCAAAGGCCCCAUGUGUCGGUGGGGCAUGAAGCUCACGAACCCCCGCAAUGGCCAGGAGGAGUUCGUGCGCAAGGAGACCGGAUGGGUCACCAACCAUCCAGGCCUAGCCCGGAGGCUGCAGGGCACUUGCAGCAAUGUGGACGGCCGCGCGGAAUGGCAUCGCCACAUCACGCUCGUGGGCGGCAUCGCGCGGUUCGCGAAGGUCUAUCCACCGAAGUUGGUGGAGGCGGUGCUGGAGGCGGGCCUUGUGGCCCAGGCUCGCACGGUCGAGCGCGAGUGGGUCAAGAAGCAGGAGCUGAUCGAGAUCGUCCCGAGGUCUCAGGCUUUCGCCGAGACUGGGCGUCCGCCCAUCCCACUCAAGUGGGUCGACACGAACAAGGGCGACGCGGAGAGGCCCAACUACAGGAGCAGGCUCGUCGUGAAGGAGAUCAAGGCGAAGAAGCGCCCGGACGAGCAGCUGGAGGCGUCCGAGGUCUUCUCGGCCAUGCCUCCUCUGGAGGCCAUGCGGUCGCUGGUCUCGCUGAUGGUCACGUGGACGCGGGAACCACCGCUCCACAUUCAGGAGUCGCUUCGCAAGAAGGGAAGGAAGCCGGGCAACUUCAAGAUCGGCUUCUUCGACAUCAGCAGGGCGCACUUCUACGGGAAGGCGCAGCGGAGGAUCUUCGUGGAGCUGGAGGAGGAGAGUCGCAAGGAGUACGGCGAGGACAAGUGCGGCCUACUCCUCAAGUCCUGGUACGGCACGCAGGACGCCAGCAAGAUCUGGCAGGGCGACUACACGGAGCUGCUGGAGGAAAACGGCUACAAGGCGGGCGUGUCGUGCCCAGCGGUCUUCUACAAGGAGGUGGACGAGACGAGGCUGCUGGGGCACGGCGACGACUUCGCGGUGCUGGCUCAGCAGCAGGACAUCGACAGCUUCGAGGCCACGCUGGGCAAGAAGUACGAGUUCAAGAAGAUUGCGAACCUAGGCUUCGACGAGGGCGAUGACAAGCAGGCGGUCUUCCUGAAUCGGGUCAUCGAGGUCAGUGCGGGAGUUCCGCCUGGCGGUGGCCGGCCCUGCCGGCAUGCGAUGAUCGAGCCGGACAAGCGGCGCGCGGAGAUCGUGAUCGACGAGUUGGGUCUCAGCAAGGCCAACGGCGUGGACGCGCCGACGGAGAAGCGCAGCGCCGACAAGCAGAUGAUGGAUGCGAAGUCGGCGGCGUUGGGAGCAGCGGAAGCUUCGCGCUUCCGAUCCCUCACCAUGAGGGUGGCCUACCUGUCUCAGGACAGGCUGGACUUGGCUGAGGCAUCGAAGACGCUCGCCAGGUCCAUGCAGACGCCAACGGAGGCGAGCUGGCUCAUGCUCAAGAGGGUUGGCCGCUACCUCAAGCGGCAUCCUAGCACGGUGACGGUUUUCACGGAGCAGAAGACGUUCGACAAGAUCCGGGUGUACGUGGACUCCGAUCAUGCAGGCUGUGCAGUCACGCGGAAGAGCACCGGAGGCUUCGUGGCGAUGCUGGGGCAUCAUGUAGUCAAGCACGGCAGUAACCUGCAGUCGACGGUUUCAUUGAGCAGCGGGGAGAGCGAGUACUACGCCCUGGUGAAGGGCGGGAGCGUGGGCCUAGGCCUUCACAGCCUCUUCGCGGAUUGGGGGCUGGACCUGAAGGUGGAGCUUGCCUCGGAUUCAUCGGCGGCCCGGGGCCACGUCCAACGGCGAGGUCUCGGGAAGAUGCGGCAUGUUCAAUCACGGUACUUGUGGAUCCAGGAGCGUGUUGGCAAGGGCGAUCUCUCGAUCGCUGCAGUUCCUGGCAAGAACAAUGUCGCGGACGUGCUGACCAAGAGCGUGGGUGGCUCCCGGUUGAGGAGACACAUGGCCACGCUGAACAUCUGGGAUCGGGCACCGAGUUCGAAUCAGAAGGACAUCAAGUGA